GGUCCCUUCCAACCUAGAAGAUUCUGUGUUUCCCUCAGGUGGUGAAGAUGUCCGGCAGCGACCCCGAGCGCCCCCAGUUCCUCUUUGUGAAGGUGCUGGCCAGCCGGGGGCGGCUGGAGGCCGUGACCCAGCAGAUGGGCUACCACCCGCAGUACCUGGACAGCUUCCUCAAGAUGCAGCACUACCUGCUGCACAUGGACGGCCCGCUGCCCUUCGACUGCCGCCACUACAUCGCCAUCAUGGCGGCCGCCCGGCACCGGUGCCGGUACCUGGUGAACCUGCACGUGCUGCAGUUCCUGCGGGCGGGGGGCGAUCCCCAGUGGCUGCGCGGCCUCGACUUCAUCCCUCCCAAACUCCGCAACCUCAACGAGAUCAACAAGAUCCUGGCACACCGGCCGUGGCUCAUCACCAAGGAGCACAUCGAGAAGCUGCUGAAGAUCAGCGAGUGGAGCUGGUCGCUGGCGGAGCUGGUGCACGCCGUCGUCCUGCUGGCGCACUGCCACGCGCUCACCAGCUUCGUCUUCGGCUGCGGCUGUGAGCAGGACGAGGGGCCGGGGGGACGAGCCCCCCUGAAGCCCCUGUCGCCCGGGAACCAGUGCUUCUGCGAAGCCACCGCCGGCAACGGCUGCAGCCAGGAGCUGCUGCGCAUCAACCGCAAGCGGUCCCUGGACUCCUGCAUGGAGCUGGAUUCCCUGCGGGAGCGCAUGCAGCGGAUCCAGGUGGAGACGGAGGGCAGGGAGGAGACGAGGCUGCUGCAGCAGGACCGAGAGGAAGGGCUCUCCCCUCCUGCAGACGCCGACGGGGAAGUCACCGGUGCCACCAACCUUGCGUGCUACACGCAGGACCCUGACUUUGGAUACCAGGACUUUGCCCGGCGUGACGAGGCUCAGACGCAGGUAUUCAGAGUCCAGGAUUACUCCUGGGAAGACCACGGCUUUUCGCUGGUCAACCGGCUCUACUCCGACAUCGGGCAUCUUCUGGAUGAGAAGUUUCGGAUGGUGGAUGGUCUGCAAAGCAGUGCCAUGGCCAAGAGGCAGGGCUGCGAACCCUCCGUCUUCAAGCGGGGCAUCUGGAACUACAUCCACUGCAUGUUUGGCAUUAGGUACGAUGACUACGACUACGCAGAAGUGAACCAGCUCCUGGAGCGAAUGCUCAAAGUUUACAUUAAAACUGUAACCUGCUACCCAGAGAAGACAAACUCAGAGAUGUUUGACAGGUUCUGGAAGCAGUUCAAGCACAGUGAGAAGGUCCACGUGAACCUGCUCAUCCUGGAGGCGCGGAUGCAGGCGGAGCUGCUGUACGCGUUGCAGGCCAUCACCCAGUACAUGAUCUCCUAGAUGGGGAGGGGGCUGCGCUGCGGCAGGGCCGGCCAGCAUCCUCCCUCCCCCAGCCCCCCCGUGACCCAUGGCGCCGGGACGGACGGCGAGGGAUCACUCCAUUUAGUUUACUUGACUGUCUUGUUCCAUUUUUAUUUUAUUUUCCGCCCCC